UUGCUUAAAUUCCCUUUUUUAUUUUAAUUUUAAAUGUUUUAAUUGAUUUUGAUUAAUUAAACUAUGGAUCAAUUAUAUGUGGAAAUCGAAAUAAGCACCCAAAAAGCUGAAACUAAAAUAUAUACAAGUGUUUCCUCUUUCAUGGCAUUCUAUGUCCUACGCUAUCUAAAUGAACCAAAGAAUAUACAGGUGAACUUUGUAUCCAAUAAAAUCGAGGGAGGACGCAUAGCUUUACGCAGCUCACAGCUGCAAUUGCAUCGGGAGUUGACGGAGCAGAAUAUAACCUGUCGGGAGGCCGCUUCACUGUCUGCCAUUAGGGAUCUACGUUUGCCCAUCUAUGCUAAGAAUGGCAAUACCUAUAUAGCUGGAGCUUGUGCUGUCUGUCGAGAGUUAAUUGGAAGGCAGUCGAAUGUGGAGCUCUCCAAACUGUUGGGUUUCAAAAAUAGCUGCCUGCUGGCUCCGGCUGAGGCCUCAAUUUGGACACGCUUCUGUGAAGUGGACGUGGUUCAGGCAGUUAGUUGUCUACUAGAGGGUCAGGAACUUACGUCUGUUCCUUUGGAGGUGGUGAGGUUCGAGAAGCAUAUGAACGAGCCGGUUCGUAUGCAUAAUAUAUAUAAGCAGGCUCGUGACCAAGCCAAUCAGAUUGACACGAAUGGCCCAAAAAUCAAACGGAAAGAACGGGUGGUCAUUGAUUGUUCGACACCCAAAGAGGAUUUGCUUAUCGAACAUCGUUUUGCCGAAGGUGUUAGCUUUACCAUUGCCGAUCUAAUCCUGUAUCCCCUGAUGAAGAUCAUUUUCCAGCAUUGUGACCACAUGUUGCAGUAUUUUCCAUUGACUAGUACAUGGUUAAGUGAGAUUGACUCCUUUGAUGGCAAUUGCUCGAGAAUAUUGCAAGAGUUAAUUAUCUCUGCAAAAGUGGAAAAGAGAACUAAGGUCUUAUCUAUACCCGAUUGCCAGGCCAACAGUCUAUAUAAGGCAGAUCCCAAGCGUUAUAAGCCUCGAAAUCGCAUUUACACUAGCCAGGAAGAAGUGGACUUGGCUUUGGCCAAACUAGAACAACUUGGCAUAAAGUUUUCAAGUAAUUCGGAGCAUAGCUAUGGCCAAGAAGUAAUCAAUUGGCAGGAAAUCGAACCUAGUCAUGAGAAGAGUUCGGCAUUGCCAGAAAAGCGUUUGGAACGGAAGCGCAAGCAAUUGGAGAACAUGGCCAAUGCAGUUAUUUCCCUGGCCCAGCCUGGAGAUCGCAUCGUGGACUUCUGUAGUGGUACUGGUCAUUUGGCAAUUCUCUUGGCCCUUCAAUUGCCCGAUUGUAUAAUUAUAGUGCUAGAAAAUAAGGCGUUCUCCUUGAGCCAGGCUCAGAAGCGAGCCGCAGAGUUAAAGUUAACCAAUUGUGUCUUCUACCAGUGUAACAUUGACUAUUUUGUUGGUCAAUUCGACAUUGGAACAUCGCUGCAUGCCUGUGGCACUGCCACCGACAUUGUCCUCCAGCAAUGCCAAAGAGUGCGGGCCAGAUUUGUCUGUUGUCCCUGUUGCUAUGGUUCACUGCAGCCGAUGCCUCACAUUUCAUAUCCGCUCAGCAAGCAAUUCCAAAAGGUCUUGACAUUCAACGAUUAUCUAUAUAUAGCCCACGCUGCUGAUCAGGCUCACGACUUGGGCACCAAGAAUUGUAAGCCAGAGAUUACGGCUCAAGGUCUAAAGUGCAUGUGCAUUGUGGACACGGAUCGUAAAUUGCAGGCCGAAGAAGCUGGCUAUAAAAUGGUGAUCCUAACGCGCCUUAAACCUGAACAGUGCACGCCAAAGAAUCAUUUGCUAGUUGGACGUUAUGAGAAUGUGUAAAUGAAAUAAAUUGAAAUGGGAACCCUCGA